UCAUAGAUCUCUUUGCUUUUCUUUUCUUUCCCUCUCUUCCUCUUUUCACUCCUGUGGUCUUUACCCACCCCCGGUUGUUCCCCAGUGACACACCCAAUUAUCUCUCAACCUAUCACCCUACCAUUCUGGUAGAAUAAUCAUUCACCAUGUCGGGGAAAAUGACAUUGUACAAAUUGGUGGUGCUAGGGGAUGGUGGUGUCGGAAAGACAGCCCUCACAAUUCAGCUUUGUCUAAACCAUUUCGUUGAAACCUACGAUCCGACCAUCGAAGACUCGUAUCGUAAACAAGUCGUGAUUGAUCAACAGUCGUGCAUGUUGGAAGUACUGGACACAGCAGGUCAGGAGGAAUAUACUGCGCUGAGAGACCAAUGGAUCCGUGACGGCGAAGGGUUCGUCCUCGUUUACAGCAUCACCUCGAGAGCGUCGUUCUCCCGCAUACAGAAGUUUUACAAUCAGAUCAAGAUGGUCAAGGAAUCGGCCAACUCCGGAUCGCCCUCGGGGGCCAGUUAUCUGGGAUCCCCGAUUCACACGCCUUCGGGCCCCCCGCUUCCGGUGCCGGUCAUGUUGGUUGGUAACAAAAGCGACAAGGCCGUUGAGCGCGCCGUUUCGGCUCAGGAGGGACAGGCGCUCGCCAAGGAUCUUGGUUGCGAAUUCGUCGAGGCUUCCGCAAAGAACUGCAUUAAUGUGGAGAAGGCCUUUUAUGACGUGGUCCGCAUGUUGCGACAGCAGCGUCAGCAACAGCAAGGGCGAUCUCAGGAUAGACGAACGACCGGUUUGGGUGCUGGGCGUGAUCCUGGUCCCGAAUAUCCCAGAUCGUUCCGGCCCGACCGUACAGGAAGCCAUCGCCGCCCCUUCAAGUGCACGAUUCUGUGAAUAGUUGGCUCCGCACGGCCCGUUCAGCUGGCUGAUUGAUUCCCUUCCCAGCUCCUAGAUGCUGGCCCUGCUGUUUCUGCUGCUGCAAGGAUCACACACCUAUAUUUCUCGAUCAGUCAGUGAUCUGA